CGGAAAAAAGCACAAAGAAAAAGCAACAUUUCAUGGCCUUUUCCUUCAUACUUAGCGGUUUCAAGAGGAUAAUCUUAUCCUGUGCCACCUCUAUAUCAACCCUCUCAUUUUUCAUCUUCUAAAGCCAUCUUUUUGAGGGGACAAUUAGGUUUGAGAGGAUGAUGAUCACCAUGGUGAAGCAACAACCACUGUGGUCUGCAGCAGUGCUGCUCCUGCUGCUGCUUAGUCUACAAUUCUCGACUCAGGUUGCAAGAUCGCAGAGGGUUCCGGCGAUCUUUUGUUUUGGAGACUCGUUGAUAGAUGAUGGCAACAACAAUUUCCUGGACUCCAUAGCCAAAUCAAACUACUACCCUUACGGGAUUGAUUUCAGAGGCCCUACUGGCAGGUUUUGUAAUGGGAAAACCAUUGUUGAUCUACUUGCUGAGAUGUUAGGUGUUUCAUAUCCUCAACCUUUCGCAGAUCCUGGCUCAACAGGGUCCAAAAUAUUUAGUGGAGUGAAUUAUGCUUCAGCAGCUGCUGGCAUCCUUGAUGAAACUGGCCAAAACUACGGACAAAGGUUUAGCUUGAGCCAACAGGUGCUGAACUUUGAGACCACAUUGAGCCAAAUGAGAACAAUGGCGAAUGGAACAACUCUGAGUCGGUACUUGGCCAAAUCCAUAGUUAUAAUGGUUUUCGGGAGCAAUGACUACCUCAACAACUACCUCAUGCCUUCCCUCUACCCUUCCAGCUACAACUACAGUCCCCCGGAUUUCGCCAACCUCCUCCUCAACCAUUAUGCACGGCAAAUUUUGGCACUGUAUAGUUUAGGGUUAAGGAAGUUCUUCCUAGCCGGGAUUGGACCACUUGGUUGCAUGCCAAACCAGCGAGCCUUGGCGCCGCCCGGUCGAUGUCUCGACUACGAUAAUCAGAUACUUGGUACCUUCAAUGAAGGGCUCAGGGCACUCGUCAACCAGCUGAAUGGGAACCAUCCUGGCUCCAUCUUUGUGUAUGGCAAUACUUAUGGUAUUUUUGGUGACAUUCUCAAUAAUCCUGCUACUUAUGGGUUCAGUGUAGUGGAUAGAGGGUGCUGUGGACUAGGAAGAAACCAAGGGCAGAUAACAUGUCUGCCUAUGCAAAUGCCAUGCCUAAACAGGAAUGAAUAUGUGUUUUGGGAUGCCUUCCAUCCAACCACGGCUGCCAAUGUCAUCCUUGCUCAAACGGCCUUCUAUGGUCCUCCCUCUGAUUGCUACCCCAUCAAUGUCCAGCAAAUGGCUCUCAUUUAAUCACUACUCCUGUAUGUAUACAUACACACACUCAUGCAUGGUUCCCUACUUGUUGCUAGCAAAAAUUAAAUAUAUGUACUUGGUGUGCUAUUUCAUAUGGAUUUUUCAUUUUUGUUUCAUAUAUUAUCAGGUAUAAAUUAACCUAGCUAGCUUGUUCCCACUAUGCUGCAACACUAUUGCAAUAAGAACGGAAGAUGCUUCUUGUUUCGCGCCCA